AACCCCAUCUUCUUCCACAUCUCUCUCUCUCUCUCUCUCUCUAACUCGUCACUCAGAAGAGGGAAAGAAGGAAGGAAAGAAAGCCCUUCUCUCUCAGUGCGUUUGAAAAGCGGAGUCUCCGGUUGAUUUCCGUUUUCGAUUUCUGUUUUAGGAAAACGAAGAGAAAGAAAGAGGGAUUAUGGCUGCCGUGAACCAAGAUAACAGUCUGGUAGUGGCCGGAGCCACUGCCCCCUCGAACACAAAGCAAUCUCAGCCUCGCCCGAAGACCGUUGAUUCGCAGUCCGUUCUCAAAAGGCUGCAAUCUGAGUUGAUGGCCUUAAUGAUGGGUGGGGAUUCUGGGAUAUCUGCAUUCCCUGAGGAAGACAACAUAUUCUGCUGGAAAGGGACAAUCAUUGGAAGCAAAGAGACCGUGUUCGAAGGAACGGAAUACAGACUCUCCCUCACCUUCCCCAAUGACUAUCCCUUCAAGCCUCCAAAGGUCAAGUUUGAGACUCUCCUCUUUCAUCCCAAUGUCGAUCUCGUCGGCAACAUUUGCCUGGAUAUCCUUCAGGAUAAAUGGUCAUCUGCUUAUGAUGUGAGAACCAUACUCUUAUCCAUCCAGAGUCUUCUAGGAGAACCAAACAUCAGCUCUCCUUUGAACGCUCAAGCAGCACAACUGUGGAGCAACCAAGAAGAAUAUAGGAAGAUGGUGGAGAAGUUGUACAAAGCUCCGAAGGCUUAAUAAUCGAGACGAUGGCAAAGAAGUUGUGUUAGAUUAGAGAGAGUUGAGUGAUUACUAUAGAAUCCAAGCCUCUCUAACUUGGAUUAGAGAGCAUGGAUUGGAUUAGAUUGGAUUGUUAGGAGGUUUUUUUAGUAAUUCCUUGAUUUGUUCUCGUUCUUGUGUUUCGCUCUCUUGUUUUCCAGAUGAGAUAUUAGGCAAUGUUCAUCAAAAUUCUGAGUUAAAAAUUGUCCUGUGUUUCUCUCCCUCU